AGUGUGUCAGCAAAGCUCCAAGCCCAGGUGGAAGAGAACAAAUUGUGGAACUGCCUGUACCAGCAACAGGAAGAGAAGAUGUGGAGGCAGGAGGAGAAGAUACGGGAGCAGGAGGAGAAGAUACACGAACAGGAAGAGAAGAUACAGGAGCAGGAAAAGAAGAGGCAGGAGCAGGAGGAGAAGAUGUGGAGGCAGGAGGAGAAGAUGCAUGAGCAGGAGGAGAAGAUACAGGAGAAGGAGGAGAAGAGGCGGGAGCAGGAGGAGAAGAUACAGGAGCAGGAGGAGAAUAUGCACAAUCAGGAGGAGAAGAUACGGGAGCAGGAGGAGAAGAUACACCAGCAGGAGGAGAAUGUACGAGAGCAGGAGAAGAAGAGGCAGGAGCAGGAGGAGAAGAUGCGGAGGCAGGAGGAGAAAAUGUGGAGCCAGGAGGAGAAGAUACAGGAGCAGGAGCAGAAGAUACAGGAGCAGGAAGAGAAGAUGUGGAGGCAGGAGGAGAAGAUACAGGAGCAGGAGGAGAUGUGGAGGCAGGAGAAGAUACAGGAGCAGGAGGAGAAAAUGUGCAGCCAGGAGGAGAAGAUACGGGAGCAGGAGCAGAAGAUACGGGAGCAGGAGGAGAAGAUGCGGAGGCAGGAGGAGAAAAUGUGGAGCCAGGAGGAGAAGAUACAGGAGCAGGAGGAGAAGAUACAGGAGCAGGAGGAGAAUAUGCACAAUCAGGAGGAGAAAAUGUGGAGCCAGGAGGAGAAGAUACGGGAGCAGGAGGAGAAGAUACGGAGGCAGGAGGAGAAGAUACGGAGGCAGGAGGAGAAGAUACGGGAGCAGGAGGAGAUGAUGCGGGAGCAGGAUGAGAUGAUGCGGGAGCAGGAGGAAAAGAUGUGUGAGCAGGAGGAGAAGCUGUUGGAGAAGGAGGAGAUGAUGGGGGAGCAGGAGGAGAAGAUGUGUGAGCAGGAGGAGAAGCUGUGGGAGAAGGAGAAGCAGCUACGGGAGCAGGAAGAGAAGAUGUGGAGGCAGGAGGAGAAGAUACGGGAGCAGGAGAAGAAGAUCUGGGAGAAGGAGGAGAUGAUGCAGAGGCAGGAGGAGAAGAUACGGGAGCAGGAAAUGAGGCUGUGGCAGCAGGAGGAGAAGAU